AUGCUUCCAUUCAAUCACAGCUUUUUCGGGACUCCCCUCAUUCCACCCGGGCUUCGUCUUCUCCCGGGAGUUGUUCCAACAGUGCCCUAUUCAUUGGCUCAACAAACACAAAUGUUCCAGGCGCAAGCACAGGUAAUGUUCCAGGCGCAAUCACAGGUUAUUGCGGCGGCUCGAGCACAACAACAAGCGGCGUCGACUACUCCACAGCCGAUGCUUGUGCCGACUGGAAUGGGUGAUGCGGCUGCUGCAGGGAUGGGCGGUGAUACAUCGGCUAGUCCAAGAGCUGAUUCACCGUGGACCGCUCACAGGGCAGAGGAUGGUCGAACAUUCUACCACAACAAAAUAACGAACAAGUCGACGUGGAUAAAACCCGAUGAGUUGAAAACACCAGCUGAGAGACUAGUGACUGGCAAAUGGAAAUUGGCGAUGAGCGAGCAGGGAAAGCCGUACUACUACAACACUGAGACGAAGGAAACCACGUGGACAAUGCCGGAAGGUUUUAACGACGCUGGAGGAACGCCGUCUACUGCUGCUGCGACAAUCAGCCCACCAAAUCCGCAAAGAAUUCCAAUGCCGGGCUCAUCGAUGGAAACAGUGACGGUGAAAGAAGAAGUGAAAACGGAAAUGGACGACAUCGACAAAGCAAUCCAGGCAACGCUGGCCGCUAAUUUGGACCCAAUCCUACCGCCUGAGGCACCGAAACCCAGAACCGACGUUCCGUUAAUGGAUGAAGAACAAGAGCUGAAAAAGCGACAGGCUAAUGUUUUUCGCGAACUCCUUCGAAUCAAAUAUGAUGAAGGCAAGAUCUCGUCCACUGAUUCGUGGGAUCAUGCCGUGAAAUUUAUUGGCUCGGAUCCACGUUUUAGAGUUCUUCAAAAGGUCAGCGAGAAAAAGCAAGUGUUCAAUGCGUGGAAAGUACAAAGACAAAAGGAAGAAAGGGAUGAAAAACGAUUAGCUGUGAAGAAAGCGAAAGAGGAUCUCGAGAAAUGGUUGCAAGAGCAUCCAAAAAUGAAGACAAAUAUCAGAUAUCAAAAAGCUAUGGAAGUUUUCGAUAAGGAGCCAAUCUGGAAAGCGGUUUCCGAUGCGGAUCGUCGUGAUAUCUUUUCUGAUGUUCAGGCAUUUGUUCACAAACGAGAGGCGGAGUUUGCUGAGAAAACGAGAAAGAGAAAUAUUCAGGCCUUGUCCGAUAUUCUUGAUGGAAUGCGUGACAUCACCUAUCGAACCACCUGGGCCCAGGCGCAACGAUUGUUGAUUGAGAAUCCCGCCUUUGCUGAUGAUGUCACACUGCAAAGUAUGGAUAAGGAGGAUGCGUUGAUCGUCUUUGAAGAUUUCAUUAGAAACGCCGAGAAAGUUCAUGACUCGCAAAAGGAAGUCGAAGAGCGACGAUUGAAACGACAAGAGCGCAAAGUGCGCGAAGCUUUUCAACAGUUUUUGGAGGAGUUGCACCAGAAAGGUGUUCUUCACUCAAUGUCACUCUGGUCAUCACUAUAUCCGACGAUCUCUCCCGAUCCACGCUUUGAUGCAAUGUUGAUGCAAUCGGGCAGCACACCACUUGAUUUGUUUAAGUUCUAUGUCGAAGAGUUGAAAGAACAAUAUUCGGAACAUCGCCGAAUCAUCAAGGACAUUCUCACCGAUCAAGGAAAGAAUGUGAAGAUAGACACAGCCUACGAUCAAUUGGUCGAAUGGGUGCAAGCGGAUGAACGGGGGAAAAAAGUCGAUGCGGGCAAUAUGAAACUAUGCUACAAUUCACUGAUUGAGAAGGCUGAACAACGGGAAAAAGAAUUGGAAAGAGAAGAACAACGAAAAAAGAAGAGAUUUGAGGGAGAACUCAGAAAUUUGUUACGUUCGAUUCAACCGCCUGUCGAUGCCCAAACCGAAUGGGCGUCGAUUUUGCCAAAGAUUGAAAACGAGAGCGCAUUCAAAGCGGUUGAUCCCGAGCUGCGUGAGAAAUGCUUUGCCGAUUUCAUUCAACAACUCGGCGAAUCAUGUGGCCAUCAUCAUGGCGGAAAGAAGAAAAAGAAGGAAAAGAAGAAGAAAGCCGACAGUGGAUCGGAAAGUGACGAGGAGAAGCCGAAGAAACGAAAGAGAACAAGAGAUGGAGAUGAUGAUGAUGCUGAAAGAUCGGAAAAGAAGAAGAAAAAGAAGUCUCGGCGACACUCGCGAAGUCGAUCGAGAAGCGGAAGUGACGAUGAUGAUAGACGGAAACAAAGGGGCUCCGAGCAUUUGUUCACGAAACGAGAAGCGGAUCUUGCUGAGCAAAUCUCCGAUCGAAUCACCUCGACGCCGCAAGCAUUCUUGAUGGAGAAUCCCACCUUUGCUUUUGUUGAUGUUGAUGAUCGU